CGGUGAUCCACAGGAGCCUUUAUGGACAUGACUCGAGUCAUUAGAAGAGUCCAGUCACCGUACCGAAGGAGUCCGAAUAACGAACCAGAGUCGAACCAGUUCUUAUCAUCAAAUCCCGGACACUUACUUUCGGGUACUCAAGCCCAGCCUCUGUGCUCCAUACUGCGCCCACCUCCGGUCUCGGACUUUCGCCAUGAGCAUAUUAUGAGCGCUGUAUAUCGAACGCAUUUCUAGGAUCUUCCAGUGUCAUGCCAGAAUGACUAAACCCAUCCGUCGGGUGGCCGUGAUAGGCGCCGGACCCGCAGGGGCCAUCGCGACAGAUGCUUUGGUGAAGGAGCAAGCAUUCGACACCAUUCGAGUGUUCGAACGACAGGAUAUACCGGGAGGGACAUGGGUAUGGACUCCGGCAACCAGCCGGCGCAUUCCGUCGUUGCGCGACCUGCUCAAACAGCGCCUUGAUCGGGGCGUGCCUCUUCCCGGCAGUUUUCCUUGCCAAACGGAGGUCGCCGAGGCGAUUAAUUCAUCUCAACUCCGAUUCGCAGAUACUGGAGCGCACGAGCACCUGCACAGCAACCUCCCGCCAGGCAUCAUGUGCUUCACGCAAGAACCGAUCCCGGCCAGGCUGUCUGAGCGAACGGUGACUCGCUACGGCCAGGACUCGCCGUUCCGGCAUCGUGAAGUGAUACGCGAGUGGGUUGGGGACAUUUUCACUCGGGGCAAUCACCAUGAUCUGGUCGAGUUUGGGACGACGGUCGAACAAGCAGAGCAUACGGGCGAUGAAUGGGUUCUUACCCUGCGCAAGACGCUCAAAUCGACCAACAACCUGUGGUGGCAAGAGCGAUUCGACGCAGUAGUCGUAGCUACAGGCCAUUACUACCUGCCUUACAUCCCCGAUAUUCCAGGUCUUGCUGACUUCGACGAGAGCUUCCCUGGAAUAGUCCAGCAUAGUAAGCAUUAUCGAAAUGCCGAAGAUUACGGCGGGAAGCGAGUCAUUGUAGUUGGAGGUUCCGUAUCGGCCUUUGACGCGAUCCAUGACAUCCGACAGGUGGCCUCCAAGCCGGUGAUCUCCUCGCUGCGUCAACCUUCUCCGCUGUUUGGGACUGCUCCAUUCACGCAUCCCGACAUCGACAACCGGCCUCAGAUCGCAAGAUUCGACGCCGAGACGGGCACAGUGCAUUUUGCGGAUGGGUCAUCGACCGACGCGGUGGAUGUGGUUCUGUUUGCGACUGGCUACGAUUUUAGUUUCCCCUUCUUGCCCGAGUUGCAGGGGCCGCACAAGCGAGUUCCGGGGUUGUAUUAUCAUGUAUUCAGCAUUGAUCGGCCAAAUCUCGCCUUCAUCGGCAUGGUGACUGGCGGCUUUGGAAUCCGGGUCUUUGAAUGGCAGGCCGUCGCCACAGCGCGCAUGUUUGCCGGUCGCGCAACCCUGCCCUCGCACGAAGAGAUGAAGAUGUGGGAGCAGGAUCGACUGGCGACUCGCGGCGACGGCGCGCCUUUCUGGACUUUGAUGCCAGAUUUCGAAACCUAUUUCGAGCAGUUAAGAUUGCUGGCAGGUGACCCAGCUCCAGGCUCAACGGGUCGAACGUUGCCCAAGUAUGAUCCGGCGUGGGCGGAGGCAUUUUGGCAGUUGAUCGAGAGGCGGAUCCAGUGGUGGACGGGCGAGAGCCAGGCGGCCAGUAGAUAGAUCUUAGAUCCACCGGACAGGGGCCAAUGCUAGCAUCCGGAGUAGAUCG